AUGGCAGAGGAUAUCGAAUCUGUCCCUAGGGAUACCAAGGAGAAGCCUUCAGUGCAUUACCCAGAACAUGUUCAGCCCCCAACGACCAUGUACAAGCAGAGCGACGUGUCCCGUCCUUUAUCGCUGGCACCAACUCUCACCGAUGACGAGUACGACGAUGACAAUUACGACUGGAGCGGAGAGGAGGAUCUCGUCGAUGAAGAAGCCAAAUUUGAGAAACAGAUGGGUCUCAAGCAAAAGGAUAAGCGCUGGACGUUUAAGCGCGUCUUUACUCUUCUCUUUUCCUCUCUCAUUGGAUCUACAUUCCUGGCUGGCGUCAUUAUCACUCCUGGCAUUCUCAUUCACUACUUCUGGUAUCUAAACGAUCCUUCAGAGCACCGUCUCUACGUGAAGCAAAACGUACAAGCAUGGCUCUUCUGGGCUGCUGCAAAUCUCGUCAUUUCAUGGUAUCUCGCUCUCAUUGUCGACAUCAUUCCGACCAUCUUUCGCUUCAUGGUCAUGGCAGCCUGGGGUCACGUCUCCGAGGUUAUAAAAACCCGGAUAGAACUCUAUUGCUCCGUCAAGAACACAUUCAAGCCUGUACUCUACGUUGCCAGUGCCUGGGCUAGCUGGGUUAUCAUCUUUGGCCACAUUUUCAAUCUCUUCGACACAGAUGAUGCCUCACAAAGUCGUGCUUAUUACACCGAACGGGUGCGUGUUCUCGUUGUUGCAGUAGCGUUACUAGUACUAAGUUUACCCCAGUUAUACCAAGUCGUCGAAUUCCUCUUCUUUUUUGGUGUCGUUGUAUGCGCACAGAAGAUGUUGUCGCAUGCUGUUGCAUUUGCCUUCCAUCGCACCGCUUUCAAGGAUCGCGUGGAUGCUAUAACAGAAGCUCUUCCAGUCAUAGAGAAGCUUCGGGACUACAAACCCAAACCCCCGUCCCACAGCGGUUUCCGAUCCGGUUUCCGUACACCAAUGUUUGGUCAAUUUGGUGAAAAGGAUCGUUUUAGCUGGGGAGGGCCGCUUAAUGAUGACGGGGUUGAUGGCGAUACCGAAGGAGAUGGUGAUCGCACUGUCUUCGGGACAACCAGCAGGAAAGGAACCAUGAUGAGCAGCAAGGGCAAGCAACGAACGAAUUCUUCCUGGUUCAGCAGGUCUCGGAAUACCACGGGUGUAACGAAUCGGGUCCAGUCUGAAUCACCUGAAAGGAUGCACGAGAUGGGUACUAUAGGCUCUCCCGGGGAUGAGCGCCCUAUGACGCCUUCGGGUUUACAUCGGUAUCCUCCUGUGACAGGUACUCCAAGUCCGCGACACAGCACUGAUGGAUCGGAUAUGAACGCUGGAGACACUAUUGUACAAGCUGCUAAGGUACUGAAGAAUGCAGUCCUGCACGAUGCGCGGAAUAUCAAAGGUGAUGACUCCACUUCUGGUGGAGGCCUUCUAUCUGCUGGUUGGGUCGGCAGUGUGGAUGAGGCCAAGCAUCUUGCACGGAGUAUCUAUAUCCGGUUUAGACCCCAUCAUGUCACAAGGACGUAUCUCUUGCCUGAGGAUUUCUACCCUGCCUUCUCCACUCGUGAACAAGCGGAGAAAGCGUUCCGGUUAUUCGAUAAGGAUAACAAUGGGGAUAUCUCGAGAGGCGAGAUCAAGUCGACCUUGGUGAAAGUUUACAAGGAACGCCGGUUCCUCGCUCGAUCUAUGCGGGAUGUCGGUGCCGCACUGAAGACCCUCGAUCAUAUCCUAUUGUUUUUCGCCAUGGUGGUCCUGUUUUUCAUCAGUUUGAGUAUCUUUGGCGUGAACGUUGGUGACAGUCUGACGAGUGUCUAUACUAUUGGUAUCGCUGCAAGUUUCAUCUUCAAGAGUUCGGCAAGUAAUGCUUUCGACGCGAUCAUGUUCCUUUUCGUUACUCAUCCUUAUGACACCGGAGACCGCUGCUUCAUUGAUGAUGAGAUUUUGGUUGUCAAAAAAAUGAACCUUUUUGCCACUGUGUUCACCCGUGUCGAUGGCACGGAGACAUAUUACUUCAACAGUCAGCUCUUCUCCAAAUUUAUUACGAAUGUACGACGGAGCGAUAAAAUGUUUGAAAAUCUUACGAUGCAAGUGGCUUGGCGCACGCCUCUAGAGCUACUUGAUGAACUAGAAGAAUGUAUGAAUGCAUGGCUAUCAACAGAGGAGAACCGAUGGUAUGACCCAAGUACCUCAAUCGUCAUACAAAAUAUCGAGUACCAGCGAUACAUGGAAAUUACCAUCGGUAUCGGGCACAAUGGUACAUGGCAAGACUGGGGUCUCCGGUGUGCACGCAAAACAGCUUUCCAUGCCGCUGUCCAGUACUACUGCCGGCAGCUCGGUAUCGUAGGAUACGAAGCGCCACUGCCCAUCGUAUACGGUGACCCUCAUACGCAAACGUACAACCCACCACCUUCACCUGGUACUGGCGAUCCGUACGACGGUGUAGGUAUGGGUUCGUCAACGGAGAAGCUGCCCGAGACUGUGCACGUCCAGAAUGCAUCGCCAGUACCAGAACGAAUGAAGCCAACGCUUGGGUUCUUGCCGCCUGUAGCAAUGAGGACGGGCGUGAAUAUCCGCCAAAGGAAGAGUAAGAGCCGGAAGGCCAAUAUGAGGGGUAUGGGAGACGGUUAA